UCGAGGAUGGUAAGUUGGACGCAGCACAGUAUUCGAUAUUUUAGAAAAUGUUACCGGAGUUUUGGAAGGAAAUUCGUGAGCCCAGUGAUAUUUACGCGUCUUUAGCGCCCAUCCUGCAGUUAACGUUCUUAUUUGGUGUCACCCCUUUCAGCAUAAGUGGACGAAGGGGUCAAAGAAAAUUGAAGAUUACAUGUUUGGCGGUGUUCAUUGUAUUUUUGAAUUUAUUCGCCAUAAUCGGGUGCUACAUAAAGACAGUGAUUGACGGUGAAAGCUUAGUAGGAUAUUUUAUUCACACGAAUAUAUCGAAACUAGGAAACAUUAUCCAAUUGAUUACAGGAUUCUUCGGGAUAUCAGUUAUUUAUAGUGUAUGCCUUCGCAAAUGGCGCGAGUUGGUGAUUGUUCUCCGCAAUUUGGCCUACAUCGACGAGCAAUUAUUAUCGCUAGGUGUCUUGGUGAAAUAUAAGAAACUUUUAUAUUACACCUACAGACACUUUAUCUUAAAGAUAUUUCUGACUUUUAUACAUGUGAUCAUAAGUUAUGGAUUGUUAGCCAGUGUCAAUGUGUUCCCAUCUUUUUUCGCGUACAUGUCCUUCGCUUAUCCACAUAUUAUAACAACUACUGUAGCAAUCCUGUUCUCGUGUGUGACACGAUUAAUAGAUGAUCGUUUCGUGAUGAUAAACCAAGUUCUGGUCAACAUGAUCGAGCAAUUUGUUAACAAAACCGACGUAAGUCGUAAAAAAUCAAUUCCAUUCACUCGAGAGCCAUCCGAUAAAUUCAUGUCGUGGGUGACCGUGUUGAAAACGCAUGACGAAACAAUCGAGGAGGUUGCACAUAUUCAUGAUAUGCUGUGCGAUUUAGCAACGAUAACAAACGAUUUUUUCACGGUUCAGAUGCUCGCCAUAACAGGAAUUGCAUUUCUGAUUAUUGUUUUUGAUGCGUACUAUGUGUUGGGAACAUAUCUUGGUUUGGCAUCUUUUCGGGCAACUGCUUUUAUCAUUUUCUUUUCCAGUCAAUUGAUUCUGCAUGCUAUCGAGGUUUGUGUAAUUGUUCAUGGGAGCAGUGAAGCUGUUUCACAGAGUCAAAUGACAUCAAUUUACGUCCAUAAACUCCUAAACCUGACUAAGGUCGAAAGCCUGAAGGACAUCUUAUACAAACUCUCGCUUCAACUCAUCCACAGAAAAGUUGUUUUCGAUGCAGCUGGCUUUUUCGUUUUAGAUAGAACACUAUUUUUCACGAUAUGUGGUGCUACGACAACGUAUCUCAUAAUCCUACUGCAAUUCAGCAAAGAAAACGACACGAAGCUUGUGAUUGGGGACUCCACGACAACGGAGGCUACCAACGCAAGCCUCAUCGUAUAGGAAACUUCGAGAAUUAUUCUGUAAUAUUGAUGUGGUUCUAAAUUAGUGUAAUAUCUGCUGUGUAAGGUUGAAAUUAUUUAUAAAGUCGUAUUUAUAUGUAGCACAUACGUACGAGUAUAUAAAAAUUAAAUGUGUCUGCACAUUAUCAAAGAUAUUGAAAGAAAAAGAUAAAUUACACAAUGUUUGAGCACAAUUCUGAAUGGAGCUGAAAGUGAAAUUUUCCAAGUAAGGUCUCAUAUGAUGUAUCUUUGAAUUUGUAUAAAAUUGUUUAUUAAACUUUGA